AUGACUGAAACACAAGAUGAAUAUGAAUCCAAAUUUGAGGGAUGGAUUGAUUGCAAACUUCCUCCCAAAAAUAUCCCUCGAAAAGUACCUCCCUUACCAAAAUUCGAGGAUACUAAAUUCUCAACUAAUAAUAAAUGUCGAGUAUGUUUCAAUAUUGCUUAUCUUCCAGAUACAAGCGAAAAAUCGAAAGAACGAAAAAGACUUUAUUGUUAUUGUUUAGCGAUACAUUACAAUUUACUAACAAAAACAUAUAUGCGCUGCAUUUAUCAUCGAAAACCAUCAGAAUUUGAUGAAGAUCAUCAGCAUAUAUAUCAAAUACAAUGUGAAAAUAAUCCAUAUACGAGAAGAGAUUUAAUAAAACAAGAUAGAAAAUUACUUUAUGUUGUAAAAUUUGUUGUGGAUACCAACAUGUCAAUCAAUAUGGCCGCUUCAGGUGUACUAGAAGAUUUCGCCCGACAUGUCUACUCCACCUUCAAGGGAGUAAUCAAUUUUCAACUCAAGAUCCCAUAUAGAAGAGACGAGAUAAGGGAUGGAAUCAUUACAUUAGCCGACUUGGUAGCUCCAAAAAUACACGUUGAGCUUGACAAGAUGGGCUACUAUUCGAUAACAAUUGAUGCGGCAUCACACGGAAGCCGGCAUGGCUUUUUUGUGAUGGCUAGCAAUCCAGCAAAAAUGAAGAACCAUAUCUUCAUUGAUACUAUGAUCGCUGAUGGUUGGAAUGCCAGGGAUUACAAUAAUUUCUUUGAAUGUUUUACCUUCCCAAAGGAUUUCCUUUCUGCAAUUGUUGCCGAUGGAUGCCCCGCCCAAGUUAAAGGGCUGUGCCACUGGAGGAGAUGCGGAGCACUAUAUCCGGGUCUUCAAACCGUUUAUAUCCGAUGUGUUGCGCAUCUCCUCAACUUAGUGGUGAAGCAUACGGCAGACAAUUGUGCAGCUUUCGCAAUGCAAAUUAAUUAUUGCAAAGCGAUAAGCAAGGAGUUAUCGAAGCCGGACACGAGAAGGGCAUUGAAUAUGAGGGUUAUUCAUGUUCCGGAUCAUCGCUGGAUGUUUUUCUGGGAUCUUCUGAAGUGGAUAAAAGAAAAACACCCUAAAAUUUAUGAAUUGUUCAAUAUGGAUGAUCCACCGGAAUCUGUUCAGAUCUUAAGGGAUAUGGGAAUUGAUUUCAAGGAUGGACUUCCACAAUGGUUGUUAAAUUUCGAAGAGAUUCUUUUACCAAUCAAGAAACUCUUGAAUUAUGCAGAGAGUGACGUUGGCUGCUUCUGCUACAUCUAUCCAAUGUUUCAAUCGACGAUUGAGCAGUUGACCGGAAUUGCAAAUCGUCCUGAAUUAUCAAGUUCGUCAAAGCGCAUUGCAGAUGCAUUAAUCGCCAACAUGAAUGAAGUUUUUGACAAACAGGGCAACUACGCUUUGAUGAAAUUUGCCUUUGGUCUAACUCCAUGGGGCCGGUCAGUCAUCCGCGCAGAAUUGAACAUGCAUACUGAGUACAAGCUAGACGUUUCACUCUUCUUCCAAGAACCAAUACCUAUCAAUGCUGAACUUGAAAUCCCUCCAAGGAGCUACACCCCUGAUCAUUUGGAUGAAGUGGCAGAGGAUCAAUUGGACAGAAAUCUAGAUAUAGAAGAGCCCGAGAUUGAGAACGAAGCAAUUGAAGGUGAUGGCCAAGUAGAUGCAGAAGACAUUGCUCAGGAUGAAGAAGUUGAAGAGAAUGAACCAAGGAGGAGACUAGGCAGGAACCUUGGUGAAUGGGCGUCUCUGUCAAUGCAAGAAGUGGAAGAGUACAGCUUCAACGAUUUUAUGAUCGAGAUGCUUUCGAGACGUGCAGAAGCAGAAGCGAGGUUCUACAAGAGAAGUUCGGCCAAGAGCAUAGCUAAUGAGUACAAGAAAGCUCUUUCCAACUUUAUACAUAUGAAUGAGAGUGAAAUCAGGAACAACACCGACCUCACCUGCUUGGAUCAAAGGUUUUGGGUAGCAUGUGAUGCAAAUUUCAAGGCAUUGAAAGAGAUUGCCUUAAAAUUCAUGUCUAUUGCUGCAACCGAAGCUGAUGUGGAAAGAAUGAUUUCAAUUGUGCGGAACCUGCGUAAUAGGUUUAAUCAAAACGCACGUGAAGAUCUAAUAAAGUGUAGAAUCCUAUUGAAGCUUUUCAUGACAAAUGAAAUCCUGAAAAAGAUAUUUCCAGAUCUGACUGAUCUUUAA